GCUCUCCUCUGUGCGCCCCGCUCGGUGGGCAGUUCUCCGUCUCGGUUUUCACUCUCGAUUAUUAUAAAGGAGGAGUUUGCUGUAUAGACGCGUCUCCUCCAACUGGCCUGAAAUAACGGACUCCACUGGCAGGACUGUGUUCGAGAUCCCGGGAGGUCGACUGUUCUCACAAAUUAUCCGAUCUGGGCAAAAGGACGGGCUUGAGAAAGAAGUGACAGCAUGGCUGUGGCAGGAUGCACGCUUUUCAUUAAAUACAUGUUAUUCCUCUUAAAUUUCCUGUUCUGGCUGGCCGGAGGCUUAAUCUUAGUAGUGGCGCUGUGGCUGCGCCAUGACACUCAAACCAGCAACCUCCUCAUACUUGAGUUUGAAGGCCACCAGGCGCCCCACACCUUCUACAUCAGUGUGUACAUCCUGAUCGCUGUUGGAGCAGUGAUGAUGCUUGUGGGCUUCCUGGGGUGCUUUGGGGCCAUUCAGGAGUCGCAGUGCCUGCUGGGAACGUUCUUCUUCUUUUUGGUGAUCCUGUUUGCCUGCGAAGUGGCUGCAGCAAUCUGGGGCUUCAUGAACAGGGACACUAUCUCCAAAGAGCUGAUCAAUUUUUACGACUCGGCGUACAUCAAGGCGGUAGAUGUCUCAGGGUCUCCCAGUAAAGACGCCGCCAUCAAGGUGCUGGAUGCGUUCCACAGAACGCUCGACUGCUGUGGAAAGGGAGACGACACCCCGCUCUUUAAACAAGUCACCAGCACUUUGUGUCCUCGAAAGAGUCCGGAGGAUUUCCUGAAGUCACAAAGCUGUCACCAUAAACUGAUCGAGCUGUUCUCUGAGAAGCUCCACCUGAUUGGCCUGGCUGCCUUGGUGGUCGCUGUCAUAAUGAUCUUUGAGAUGAUCUUCACCAUGGUGCUCUGCUGUGGGAUCCGGAACAGCCCUGCACAAUAAGACUUCACCGAGCCUGUGUGGGGAUUAUUUUAUUGUUCUUCUAUGCAGCAGCGCCUCUUCUUCAAAUUUACAGCACGAGAUGGAUAUUUCUUCAGUAUUUUGGGUUAAGGUUUUAGUUGAAUUUUACUAAUCUGUCAUUAUCAUUCCUUCAGAGUAACUUCUUUUUAUUUUUUUUAUUUAUCAUACAGCAAGAUGAAUCUUUUCUACAUACAAAAUGGUGUGAAAUGUUUCUCUGUUGGUGAUCAAUUCUGUUUUUAUGGAUGUAUAAAUUGUACAUAAGCUUGUCAGAUGUUAAUAACACUUAGGGUCCAAGUAUUCCCUCACUGGUGGGUUUUGUGGCGUCCAGCUCUGAAGUUACAGUGUUAUUUAAGUGUCUGGGCUUCAGCGGUCUAGGGAAAUGUUUUUUUCUCGCUCUAAUAAUGAUUAGGAAGAGGAGUCGGAGAGGAUGUUUAUAGCUGCCAAUCUCUUCUUUGAGUCUGAUGAACCAUCUCGUGCUGUUUUACUUUGGUUAACUAGAGAAACACUCCUCAUGUACGGACAA